AUGAAUUACAAAUGCUCGAUCGAUAGUAUGAGUGCAAUAGCUCUUAUGAAAUCCAAUUUGGAUAAAAUAAUAGCAAUGAAAUAUCCAACAUUUGAAAUUUACAAAGAAGCAGAAGAAAAUGAUGUUGAAUCUGAAGGAAUAGAAGAUUAUCUAAUUGUUCAAGAUGAGAACACUGAUAUAAUUAUGAAUAAUACAGAUUUUAUCAGAGAAAAUAGUGCAGUUAGUAAACUAAACGAAUAUGAAAUAAGUGCUAGCAAUACAAAUAUUGCUAUAUCAUCAGAAGAUAUACCAAAAAACACAACAUUUAACACAUGGGAAGAAGUCGAAAUGUUUUUUAUGGAUUAUAGUAUAAGAAAUGGCUUUUCAAUUAAAAAGUAUAGAGUGGAACAUACUAAAAUAGGUGUAAUACUUAAAAGAACGUUUAGUUGCGAGUUCAGUGAAAAAUACAAACCAAAUAAAAUAGCUGAAAAUGAUGCUCAAAUCAAGUUAACAACAAUUGCCAAUAUACAUAAUCAUAAUCUCAUACCUGAAACUCGGAAAUUUGGAAUUAAAUAUCGGUCUUUAAGCGAUGAAGCACUAAAAGAAGUUGAGCUAAUGACAAAAUAUAGAAACUUAUCGAUUACUUCACAAAGAAACAUCCUCAGAGCACCAAGAGAUGAUGAUAUAAUAUUCAAUGUCAGAAAAGUUGCUCUUAACCAAGACGCGAAUAAUUAUACAAUUCCAAUACGCAAAUCAGUUACCAAGCUAGUCACUGCAUCAUUCGCAAAAAAAAAAAUCUAUAAAAGAAACCAAUAUGGAAAAUUUUGGGGGCUUGCACGCAAAGCCACUCAACUCGCUGUAGAUAAUGAUGAUAAUGAAAUAGUUCAGUUCCUAACAACAUAUAUCAAUAGAAAAAAAAAUGAGCAAAUGAACAAAAGAAUUUUAGAACAAAGCGCUGUAACUAUUCAAAAAGAUAAUCAAUGCGAUGAACAGCAUACUACUAAUCUAAAUACUGGAGAAGUGCUACAAAACGAUUCUGAAUUAGCACAAGAAAGUGAAGAAUCUGAAAGCACAGUUACAGAACUUGCAGUAAACCUCGUUAAAGUUCAAAAUCCUUCAAAACAAAAACAUAAGCGUGGAGAAAGUUCGAUCCGCAGAUCAUACAAGUGUCGUACAUGUGGUCAGCUUGGCCAUAACUCAGCAUUUCAUAAGAACGAAGCUAAAAGUCAUAAAACUGUAGCACGCG